UUCAAAAUGAUGCAAUAUCUUGUUGUUAGCCUGGCACUUUGCGCCACAAUUUGCUCUGCUGCGCAGACGCGCAAUAUGCCCAUUCAAGCCAUUGCCUAUCUGAUCGGACCCGUGCAAUCGGAUAAUACCCAGGUCAAGGGCAACGUGACCUUUACGCAGAACGACUGUGGCCAGAAUGUCCAUGUGCGCGUCCAGCUGGAGGGAUUGAAGGAGGGCAAGCACGGCUUCCACAUCCACGAGAAGGGAGAUCUGACCAAUGGAUGCCUCAGCAUGGGUGCUCACUAUAACCCCGAUAAGGUUGAUCACGGUGGCCCCGACCACGAGGUGCGUCAUGUUGGCGAUCUGGGCAACGUGGAGGCCAACUCCACGGGCAUUAUCGACAUCACAUACACGGAUCAGGUGAUUACCCUAACUGGCAAGCUGGGCAUCAUUGGCAGGGGAGUUGUGCUCCACGAACUGGAGGAUGAUCUCGGUCUGGGCAACCAUACGGAUUCCAAGAAGACCGGCAAUGCAGGCGGCCGCAUUGCCUGUGGUGUUAUUGGCAUCAACUCGGAUGUGGACGAGUGGCCAUGUCGCGAUGGUGGCGCCGGCGCCCUGCGCUACUCCUUCUCCAUCCUGACCGUCAUCGUGGCCUUCAUCAUGGCCCGCAGCCUUGACUAACCCGCAGCAUGCACCCGGAUCGGAUCGUAUGCACGCAUGUGGCAUGGGAUUGUUGGCCAUCGUAGAGAUCUGCACACCCACUUACACACUAACCACAACCAUAAGUCGCACACCACCACAACAGUAAUUAUAAUACUCCAGCAUUAUCCACCCAAAUAGAGAACUCAAAGGAACUAACUAAGCUACUUGUAAAGUGUUUGAAUUGAUCGAUAAUAAAGUUUGUUAUUUGUA